AUGGCUUCUCAAGCGUAUCCCCGCCCCGACUUCGAGCGCGCCCACGUUCAUUGGAAAUCGCUCAAUGGGCCGUGGGACUUCCUCUUUGACGACGAUGAUGCCGGAUUGUCUGAGCGCUGGCAGCUCCAGGGCCUGCCGGCGCAGGUAACGUCGACCGGAGCUGGAUCUUCCAGAGCUGCGCACGAAUCCGAGAGCGAGAGCAUCACUCAGAAGAUUGCUGCAGGCACCCAGAACUUGAUUAAAGACAACCUUGCUUUCCGGGGCUCGGCAGGCACAGUCCAUCAGAGGCGCCAGAUCCAAGUUCCAUUCGUGUUCCAGUCACCUGCUUCUGGCAUCAACGAGCGUGGUGAUCACGAGGUGCUGUGGUACGAGCGGCUCAUCGAGGAUAUUCGCACCGCAGAGGAGAAGAAUCGAGGGGACAGAGCUCUGCUCAGGUUUGGUGCCGUCGACUAUGAAGCCAAGAUCUGGCUCAAUGGUCAAUUUGUGGGAGGGCACCGCGGCGGGCACGUGCCCUUUGAGGUCGACAUCACCGAUUCGUUGGACUCAGCGCCAUCUGGCCCGCUGAGGCUCACCCUCCGGGUCUACGAUUCGGCCUACGACCUCACACAGCCCCGCGGGAAACAGUACUGGGGCGCCAAGCCGGAAAGCAUCUUCUACACACCGUCCGGUGGCAUUUGGCAAUCCGUCUGGAUUGAGACGGUGCCGGCUGCGCGGAUUGCCGACAGCAGCUUCGGGACCGUCCUGCGUGCCAACGAUAUCGAGUCUGGCGAUCUCCAUGCGCAAAUUGCCGUCCUGGGCCGCAAGGCAGGCCACAGGUACAGCGUCGAGCUCGAAGCCAGCUUUGCGGGCACCUCCGUCGCCACGUCGCCCAAGAAGGAGCUUCCGAAGGAGAAGAACCACGUCGUCCUGGACCUUGGGCUGCGUCUCUCGCAGCAGCAGCUCUCCAGCUUGCCGGCCGCGCUGCAGCAAGAGGCCCCUCUGGAGAGCGAGCGUUGCUGGAGGAAUGGCCUGGCUCUGUGGUCGCCUGAGCACCCCCUGCUGUACGAUCUGACCCUACGCCUCUUCGAUUCCUCGGGAGCGCUUGUCGACGAGGUGAAGACCUCGACGGGCAUGCGUUCGCUCGACUGGACCAAGGGUGAUGGCGCGCUGCACUUGAAUGGACGGCCGCUGUUCCAGGCCUUGACGCUUGACCAAGGCUACUGGCCCGACACGUUCAUGACGCCUCCAUCCCCCGACAGUCUGAAGGCCGACAUUGAGCUGUGCAAGAAGAUGGGGUUCAACGGUUGCCGGAAGCACCAGAAGGUCGAGGAUCCCGUGUUCCUGUACUGGGCAGACCGACUCGGCUACCUCGUGUGGGGCGAGAUGGCAAACGCCUACCAGUUCAGCCAAGAGUACGUCGACCGCUUCAACCAGGAAUGGAUCGAGGCCGUCAAGCGGGACAUCAACCACCCCUCCAUCAUCACCUGGACCCCCGUCAACGAAAGCUGGGCAUACACCUCCCUCAAGGACAACGUCGAGCAGCGGAACCACAUUCGCGCUCUCUACUACAUGACCAAGACCCUCGAUCCCACACGGCCCAUCAACGACAACUGCGGAUGGGAGCACGUGUGCACCGACCUUACAACUUUCCAUGACUACAGCGAUGCUCCUGCCCUGACUGAGACUUGCUCAACCCUACAGGGCAUUCUCGCUGCCAAGGCCGGCAGGCCCAUGUUCGUUGCCCCAAUUCCUGGCUUGGAUCCGGGUGCAGAGCACCGUCCCGGUGCUGUCACUCUGAACACCGAGUUCGGAGGCGUCAACAUUGCCCCAGCCUCGGGCGACUCCGCCGACGAGUGGGGCUACACCACUGCCACCGAUCCAGACGAUCUGCUGCAACGCAUUGAGCGUCUCAUGAUGGGAAUCGUCGAGGCCGGCCACUCCAGUGGUUUCGUCUACACGCAGCUGUAA